UGUGCGAUGUGGAAACCGUCUGAGCGCAUGCUGGCGCUGGGCUCGUCGCCCCAUGAUCUCGGGGAGUGAGUGCAGUGACGUGCGUGUACGUGUAGAUCGACUUGUGUAUACAGAUCAUGUGUACGUGCAGUUCGCUCCAGCUGAAUCAUAACAACAAUCUCUUACUAUAGUACCGAACCGGUACUACAACAACGUUAGUUAUUUUCUCGUUUCAUUUCUCUUCCGCGACGUAGUGAUGCAGUAGCUCAAAAUCAUCUUACGGUGAACUGUGUGACAAUCGAAUACAAACUUGACGAGCAAAACUGAUUCAAAGACACAGAUAUGGACAUUCAUGGCGUACGUGACAAAAGUGGGUUUGGGAAAGAGGCAGUUGAGGCGAAGCCGGAGACUCCAUCGAGUCUUGUAUCCUCUGAAGCCGUGUGUGCCUAUGAACUAUGUUCAGUGAUGAGUAAAUUGUCGUGUUCUCGAUGCAAAGAUGUACGUUAUUGUUCCAAAGAACACCUGGAGAAUGACUUACAUAGCCAUAAAAAGGUAUGUCGAACUGCUGUAGGAGAGCCAUCAUCAAAAGCCAGUAACCAAAGUACCAUGAGGGCAAGUUUACCAAGUCUUCGAAUUCGCAAACGUUCAACAGGUGACAGUAACCCAAGCCUACGUUAUUACGAGAGCUCCUCCUCGUCAUCCAUUUCAUCAAUGUCGUCCUCGUCUCUCUCGUCUGGGUCCAUGUCAAGGGAUCUGCAGAGCUUAGGGUUUAUGUCCAAUGACUCUCUGAACAGUUUAUCCGAUGUCAACGAUAGUCAGUUCGAACAAGAGAAUGAGCAGUCGACGGGACCUUUUCGACGCACCACAUCGAGUGGACGUGGGCUCAAACCCUUGUCAGAACUUGGAGAAACACCAGACACAGAUGAGAACAACACCGAAGAAGGCUACAUGAGAAAUGUCCCUUCUGUUUCAUUUAUUCUUGGUGCGCCUCAGAACACAGGUAGUAGUGACUCUAAUGUAAUCACAUCGCCAACCCCUUUUUCUGUGGGUGUUGCCCCUCAGUGGAAAAUCCCUCCAAAUACAGACAAUGGUGACCAAAGCAAUGUCCCUGUCAAUGUAAACUUGUCCCCACUGGUCAAGUAUAUAGUUAAAAACAUGAUGGACAAAGGCAUUUGUGUGGUGGAUAAGUUUCUUAAUGACUCCGUCGGAGACGAGAUCUUGAGAGAAGUGAAGUCUCUUCAUCAUGGAGGUGACUUGACAGACGGACAGCUUGUGUACAGUCAAGAACAUACCUCCAGUCAAGAGAUCCGAGGGGAUAAGAUUGCAUGGAGAGAUGGAACGGAGAAAGGAUGCUCAAGCAUUGGACAUCUCAUCUCAAAGAUGGAUGCAAUAAUCAUGCAAUGUCAAGGGCAGCUUGGUAACCUGGUUAUCAAUGGACGGACAAAGGCUAUGGUGGCAUGUUACCCUGGCAACAAUACCAAAUAUGUGAAGCACAUUGACAAUCCUAACGCAGACGGACGUUGUAUUACUUGUAUAUACUACCUCAAUAAAGACUGGGAUACAAAGAAGCAUGGAGGACGUCUUCAGAUCUAUCCUGCCAAUCAGAACAUCGUAGCGAACAUAGAUCCAAUCUUCAACAGACUGAUCUUCUUCUGGUCCGAUAAACGCAAUCCUCAUGAAGUGCUUCCAGCUAGAGCCACAAGAUAUGCUAUCACAGUGUGGUUCUUUGAUGCAGUAGAGAGAGCCAAAGCAAAAUCAGGAGGAAUGGAUCCCUGACAGACCGCUGUAAUACGGUAGAGAAAAUCCCGAUACCAAAGACUAUGUGCAGCAGAGUAGGACUCUAGGAGUUGUAGAAUGAAUAUGUGGUGCAAAGAAUUAGUUGCUGUAACCAUCCAAGAUUCAACAGUCAACAUUAUAUUUCUUCUUAAAUGAUUGCUGGUAACUGCUUGUCAGGAUGCUGCUGUUUAUGUGUAUUAUAUUUGAUAUAAAUAUAUAUAUAUAUAUAUAUAUAUAUAUGUUAAUAAUGUUAUGCAUAUAUCUGUAACCAAAAGAUGUAUCAAUCUCAGUGAAGUUUAUUUUUUCCUUUUAAAGUCUUACUUUGUUUUCUUUCAGUUACAUUCAUGUAAAUCUUCCAUUGCAAGCAGUUGAAUCAAAAGUGUAAAAAGUUUUAUUUUGUUGCAAUGUGGAAUGCUUUGAAAAAAACAACCGUAAAUUACAGUAUCAUACCAUAUUUUGGGUAAAAACUAGAUUUCUCUGACAUUGGGGGUUUCUUUUGGAAAUAUAAUUUAGUACCUUAUUAUAGUUGCUCCUCAAGCAUUAACUUGAGACACAUCUUUUAAAGAAGAAGGAUAGAAUAAUGCAUUUAUUUUAUCUUGUCUCCCUGAGAAUUAUGUUCCAUCUUAAUUGCAGAGUAAGGCAAUUUUGAUAUUUUUGUUUGAUUUGAUCUUUACUAAUGAAAGUGACUUUAUACAAAACAGUACCUGAUUAGAUAAUACUGCAAAAUCAUGUUUUAACAGUGGUGACCAUUUAGUUAACAUCUUUCGGAUGUUUUGCUGAGCAUUUUAUAGUAUGAGGUGUACAUAAUCUAAUCACAUGAAAAGACUUUUAAAAUGCUGGAAAGUAUCUUUAAUGUAAUCAAUCACAAAAAUAACGUUACUAAAAAAAGAAAAAAAAAUCCUAAUUCAGAAGUGGGUAGUAUUCAGUUUCAGGCCACAAAAUAUAUUUAUCACGACUCAGAAAUUUUCUGGCUUAAAAAGAGGACUACCAUCAAAGAAUUCAAGAUAUAUUCAUGUUGUAUAAGUCUUUGGUUCCACUGUGAGGAAAUGCUAAAGUCAUAAUAUAUAUACGGUACACAAGAAGAUUUAGUGUCGAUCGUAAUAGACAAUAAAUCCAAAAUACAUGAAGUUAAAAUACAGGUAUUAAUCAGAGAAAUUCUGAAAGAUUAGCUCAGUAUUGCUUGUAAUAGAUUUGUUGCAAAACGCUGUAAAUGUUAAUUAAUGUAACCUUUAAAUAUAUUCUUUUUCUUUAUAAGUGUCAUUUCCCUUCAAUUACUUUGUACACUUGUGUGGGUUUGGUAGACUAGAAAUAAUGCUUGCUUGGGUGGGUAGAGAAAAAAAUAAUGACUUUUCGAGUCUGAAAAUAUAUUUUAAGAAUUAAAAACAUCAACAGGCAUCUGGUUUCCAUACUCAUCUCUAAACUUUAAGAUAUCAGUACUUUGUUCUCAAGAAAGCAGAUGAAAAGUAAUACUUUUUAAAAUCUACAUUAUCAUUCUGUAUUUGGAUGAAAUAUAUUGGGAGAUUCAUCUUUAUAUUUACUCAAAGCAACAAAAAAAACUUAAAGAAACAAAUAGCAUUACUUAUAGCCGAAAAUAGGUUAUUUUGUGACGAAGUUCUGUAUAUAUGGGUAAUUCCAUGAAAAAUGUUCACUAGUCAAAAAUCAUAUUUAAUUGGCAAUAACUAAAAAAUAUGUGUGCUAUUGUGGCAAAUUUAGUAUUAAACAAAGGAGCUCACCAAGCUCUUUACUUUGAGUGGUAUAUCAGUAAAAGUGAUGAACAUUUAGGCAGGACUUUCUUCACAUAUCAUAUUUUUUGGCAAAAUGUGGAAAUGUUUUUGGUCAAAGCAUCCAAUUUUUGGAUCUCAUUAUUUCACACCACAAGCACUUAUAUUUUAUAUUAUUUUUUCAUAUUAAAUUGUGAUGCAGGUAAACAAAAAUUCUUGAUAAGAGCUUUACAUGACCCAUUGCACAUGUCACGUCAAAGCUGUAGGGGGCUAUAAAAAGCGGACAAGAUCACCGAAAGGUGGACCUGUGCACUGUACAAGUAGCCACUAUUAUUAUUAUUAUAUCUGUUUAACAAUAUGUAUCCAGGAUUAUAGUAUGGUUAUAAGCUGCUUUAAUACCUUAACAAGAUUCAUUGAACCCCCCAAAUCAUAGACUUUUCUAACUGUUCAGUGAGUAAAACUAGCCUCGUCCAUUUCGGGUCACGUCUGUUACAGGCAGAAAAAAAGAGUUGACUUUGUCUCUAACCAUUCAGUGGAAUACUGUGAAAUUUACUAUGUAGGUCACUGGUAGUUAUCUUUGUCUGAAUCACCAACUGCAAUAUGAUUUUGGACUCUAUUUGCUUGAAACUUUAUUGAAUACCGGUAACCAAAAAGAAAAAUUCAGAAUUUCAUUUGAAUGAUAUUUAGACAAUUAGGGUAGUGACUUAUGUACACUCAUAGACAGAGAUUCUCUGCAUUUACUUGGGGAGUGCCUUUUACAAUUAUCUAGAUGAAUUUUAAUUAUUCUGUUUGCCAUUCAUGUAGCAUGUUAUUGAAGACAACCAUAAAUCUCUGGUGAGUGAAUAUGAGAGCAUAGCAUAUUAUGCAGGGACUUAUUCAUAUUAUACAAAUUAUAGCUAUUUAUCCACUGGCAUUUGAAGACAGAUUAAGUAUUUGUAUUGUAAAUUGUACAUGUGAAGAUGACUCAUUUUAUCUUGCUUUGAAAUUACUCGUUUUACGUUAACUGUGUAAAUAUAUGCCCAUAUAUUGGACAAUGCAUUGAUUACUUUCAUUUGUACAUUUAUGCCUCCAGAAUUUAUCAUCAUACUGUUUAGCAAAUGGUGUAGCAUGUGUUCACGUAAUGUGAUAAUCUUGGUUCUUCAUUCAGUACAUGUAAAGUAAACUGUAUGAAGUAACACAGUUACAGGAAACAGCAAUGCUUACAUAUCUUAUAGAACUUAUUUGGACAAAGCCUCAUGGUCAUUUUUUCCUAGAGAGAAAAUACAGAUAUGGAAAAUGAAAUGAAUACAUAAACAUGCUCUUGAAAUGACUUUGUCUUGCAAUCUAAUUAAGAAUAUAGGACAGGAAUAUGAAUUACCCAUUUAGUAUCUGUUGAAAUAGGACUUGUAAUGUGAUGCUAUACAGUCUAUACCUUUCUAUCCAUCUAAGCUUAUGAAUGAAUAUCAUGAAUGAAUAUCAUAUAUGACAUUACAAGUGACAUCAUUUGAAUUCUGUGAUUUAUUUUAUAGCUUAGUUUGGCAUUAGAUAUCAUUCAAGAAUGUAAACUUUGCAAUACAUCAACUGCAUUUCACUGUGAGUCUCAGUUCAGAAAACAACAUCCUUACAGUGUUCAUCAUCGAAAUUCUUUGGUAGGAAUCGUAGGAUGUGCUGCUCAUGGCAUGGAAGGGGUGAUAUCAUAAUAUGUGCUGGAUAAAAGCUAAACUUGAAUUUUACCAUAUAUGGUACAAAGCUUAUGGUACAAAGCUAAACCAACCCAUCCUAGCACUACAUGUAUUGUCCUUUCGGUUGAUCAAACAAUGAUGAAAUAUUCAGAGAAGAAUAUAAAUAUUGAAUUGUUGACAUUUGCUGCUAGUUUGUGUAUCAUAAAAAGAAUGUAAGUGCUACAUUGAAUAUAUUUUGAAUAAUUUCAAAGAUCAUUGUCAUGUGCCAGAUAUUAUUUACUUGUAUUGCAAUUGUGCAAUAUGAAAUAAGUUUGUAUAUCAUCUUGCUCAGUGAGGUCAGCUUAGAUUGAUUUAUUAUUGUUAUUUUAUAUGUGUAUGUAUUUGUGUUCAGAUGAAAACCUAGUAGGAAAUUCUGAACAAAUAUUUAGUGAUUGUGUCAGAAGAAAAGGAAAUUAGAUCUUAGCUAUUCUCACUUCUACAUUUCAAUCUACAAUGUUGGAGAUACUCUUUUUCUUUGAAAAGAUUCUAGACACAUUUUCAUGUAAUAUAAUCUAGAUCAAAGAUUUUCUUAAAGGGUAAUCUAAACCUUGUAAUAAGUUCAUUUGUUUGAAAUGGUGAAAGUUUGAAAUGAAUUGGACCAAUAAUAAGAAAGCUAUGAAUAUUUGAAAUAUUAUGAGAUCUCCACAUCUAAGGGAAUCUCAAAUUAAUAGUUUGUUCAGUGGCUUGUGACAUAGUUGCUGAAUACUGAAAUGUGCAAAGAUUAUCAUGACGUUGAAAGUCUUAAUAUGAUUUCUAUAGGAUGUAGAAUAGAGUGGUGACUUUGCUCCUGCUUUGGUUCUUCAAAAUUAGUUGCGAUCACGUCACAAUAUAUACCAUAAACAAAUUGGUGUCAGUGAAAGAUUUGUUGCUUUUUUGUUACUCAAGACUUCAUGUGGUAUGUUAAUGCAUUUUGUUUAUUCAUUCAUCAUGCUUUAUAAAUACAUUAGUUUGUAGCAAACGGAGAGGUUAGAACUUGACACUCAUUUUGUAUGGUAAGUCUGUUUGAACUUUCUAGAAAACAAGAAAUUAGUUUCUACUAAUAAGCUUUUUGUAUAAAGCUAAGAACAAAAUCAACUCUACUUUGUGCAGUAGGAAAGUUUGUGCCACAAGUCUACUUUAAAUAUAAAUGAAUUGUUUAUUAGAGUCAAACUCUGAAAUGAUUCAUAAACUGAAAUGCAACAAAUUUUUAACUAUUAAAUGUUCAUGUACUUAUGUCCUUUACUACACUAGUUGUGUCUAAAUGUAAAUGUAUAUCUGUAUUUUGUUUAAUGAAUUUUAUUGCAUUUUUAAGCUAUUUGUGCUCUUAUUAAAAAUCCUUCACAUAAGUGCCCGAUUGAGCCUAGGCCUUAGUUAAAACACUGUUUGAUGAGCCUCACUAUUCCUCCAAUGUCUUCUAAAAGUCCUUUUAAAAUUUGUGACUUACUAUGUGCUCCUGACUUUGCAUCUGUCUAUCCAUGUAGUGUCUCUUGAGGGACACAAGAACCGGAUGAAGGUCUCGCUUGCUUGCUUGGUUCAUUAUUGAGAGGUUUUUAUGGUUAUUUAUGAACACAUCCGCUAUGCAUGUGUUUUUUACUCAAAAGGCUAUUUAGUUUGACAUUAAUGCAUGUUUCUGGCAAUUAAUUUGUGUUGUAUACAUGAUUAAGAAUUCAGGGAUGAAGUCAUUUAUCAAGAACCCUAUCAUCUGUUUGGUGUCAGAAGGGCAAUAACUAUUUGUAAAAUGAUAUGAGCCCUUCUGAUUCUUAACCGAUGAUAUGAUUGUACAUGGAUUAAUUGGUAAGAUAUAUCUAGAGCCACAAGAUUUGUAUUACAAGUUCAAUUGUGUACAUUAUGUCAUGUACAUGUUAGAUUGUAUAGGGAGAAGUCAGUUAUGUGAAUUAAUAUCAUGUACAAUAUAUGUGUUAUGCUUAGCUGAUAACAUAUUGAA